AUGACCCUGAACCCCAACCUGCUCCCGAUGUUCAUCUCCAGGGAACUAAAAAGGUUCCGUUUUGACAUAGCAGCCCUCUCUGAAACCUGCCUGGCUGAUGAAGGGCAGCUGAAGGAGGAAAAAGGUGGCUAUACUUUCCUCUGGAAAGGAAAGCCUGCUGAUGAGCAGCGAAUCCACAGUGUGGGCUUUGCUAUUAAGAACAGCCUCGUAAGCCACCUUCAUGAACUUCCUGUGGGCAUCAGCGAGCACCUAAUGACCAUACGUCUGAUGCUUGCAAACAGUCAGAUGGCCACUGUUAUUAGUGCUUACUCCCCAACGCUUGAUGCACAGGAGGACAUGAAGGAGGCCUUCUAUGCUUACGUGGAUGCAAUUCUAUCCAAAGUCCCCAAGGAGGAUAAGCUAAUCCUUCUUGGAGACUUUAAUGCUAGAGUCGUGCAAAACCAUGAUCUAUGGAGAGGCAGGCUGGGGAAAGAAGGGGUUGGAAACACUAACUCCAAUGGCUUACUGUUGUUAAAAAAGUCCUCCGAAUACGACCUGGCCAUCACCAACACACUUUUCCGUCAAAAGAAGAGGUUCAAGACAUCUUGGAUGCAUCCCUGCUCUAAACGCUGGCAUCUCAUUGACUAUGUCAUUGACACUACUCCUGAGUUUGAGGGCCUGGACCAACUUCCUCAACUGCCCAUCGUUGAGAGUAUGGGAGAACCACUCAGUGUUGAAGAGGUGCAGGACGCUAUCAGGACAAUGAAAAACAACAAGGCUGCUGGGCCUGACAGCAUCCCAGCCGAAGUCCUGAAAGAAGGUGGCCUGUUCUCCUUGAACACAUCCAAUUACCGCGGUAUUUCCCUCCUUUCCACCAUAGGGAAGCGUUAGCUGGCCAACAGACUCACCCCCCUGUCAGAAAGCUCCCUUCCUGAGUCUCAGAGUGGUUUCUGCCCAAACAGAGGCACUACAGAUAUGAUCUUUAUUGCUCGUCAGUUGCAAGAAAAGUGCCGGGAACAGAUUCAACCUCUAUACAUGGCCUUCAUAAACCUCACGACAGCCUUUGCCUCAGUCAACCGUCAGGCCCUCUGGUUGGUCCUGGCAAAAAUUGGCUGCCCAGAAAAACACAUCCAUGUGCUGCGGCUGCUGCACGACAACAUGUCUGCCACUGUACUCACUGGUUUUGGAGACGAGACGGAACCCUUUCGGGUCGACACAGGAAUUAAGCCGGGAUGCGUUGUUGCUCCAUCACUGUUCUCCAUCUUCAUCGCAGCCAUCCUCAAUCUCAGAGGGAACCAGCUGCCACAGGGAGUCAAAAUUAUGUACAGGACUGACGGACUUCUGAACAUCAACAGAUUCAGGGCUAAAGGUCGAACCACCACCAUAUCCAUCACAGAGCUGCAGUAUGCAGAUGAUAAUGCUAUUGUAGCCCUCUCAGAAGAGGACCUACAGUGCACCUUGACCGCUUUUGCGAAAGCAUACAAACAGCUUGGUCUGGCCAUCAACUUAAAAAAGACUCAAAUCCUCCAUCAGCCACCACCAAACAGCAGCACCCCCCCAAACAUCUCCAUUGAAAACACCAGGUUGGAAAAUGUGGACCACCUCCCAUACCUUGUAGCCUCUUGUCAUCUAAAGCCACCAUUGAUGAAGAGGUACACCACCGUCUUAGCCGUGCCAGCAGGGCAUACUCAAGACUAA